AUGGUUGUGCAAGGGCUCAAGACCGUGUCGACAGCACGGAACGGUCUAGGCGCCUACAUCCUCCAAUGCACGCGCCUGUCCCUAACCUACUCGGACCACUGGGUGUCGUCCACGGGUCUCAAAUCCCUCCUCUCCUCCCCGACCUUCUCAUCCCUAACGCACCGCUUUCCCAGCGUGGAAUUCCGCAUCUCGCCCCGUCCCAACCGCCACCCGGUGAUCAAAGCGUCGUACUGCAACGGUCGCUCCAAGGCCAUCUGCGUCAAGAACAUGAGCCGCGAACAAGUGCUGGAAAAAGCCGAGUUUCUGUUGGGAAACUCCGGGGAGAGGAAUGUCGUGGUCAAGGGGAAGAAGGUGGUUAGUAACAAUGAGAGUGUGAGGGGGAUGUGGAGUCCCAUGCAUGGCGGGAUUAAGAGGAUUUGA